GCAUGCGCGAGUCGACAGCCCUGUCACCCUACGCCUCCCCCCGCGUCUGAGGAACAUUUUUGCCUCCGUCCACUUCCUGUCCUGCCCUGCUCCGCCCCGCCCCGCCUGCCCCGGGUCGGGUCCGCGGGAGACCGAGGGCUGGGUUUGGGGAUCGGCGGUCUAAGGGCUGCCUCCCCGCCACUCCUUGUCCGGACCCCGCGCCCGGGGCCUCCCGCCGCCGCGGCGCCUCCUCAGAGAGCCCGGGUCAGCUGCCCCUGUGGCCGCGGCUGGUCCCAAACUCACUGAAUCGGGAACUCUGGUCUGGGUACAGAAAUCGGGGUGAUUCUGAUGCAGGCGAGAGUUGGAGAACCAAUGUCGUAGUUCAUCAGCCUCCGAAAGCAUCCUUUGCUCUCUUUCCAGAAAGGAAGAGCAUCUCUGCCAUUCGGGUCUCAAGGACAAGCGCUUCAGCCUCGUUCUCUGUGAGCUGAUCUGUGGAUCGCGGCGUGUCGGGCGACAUGGAGGAAGAAAGAAAAACUGCUGAGUUACAGAAAAAUAGGAUACAGGACUCAGUAGUCUUUGAGGAUGUGGCUGUGGACUUUACCCAGGAGGAAUGGGCUUUGCUGGAUCUUGCUCAGAGGAACCUCUACAGAGAUGUGAUGCUGGAAAACUUCCAGAACCUGGCCUCACUAGGGUAUCCGCUACACACACCCCAUCUGAUCUCCCAGUGGGAACAAGAGGAGGACCUGCAGACAGUGAAGAGAGAACUUAUCCAGGGCAUCUUUAUGGGAGAGCACCGGGAAGGUUUUGAGACACAACUUAAAACUAAUGAAUCAGUUGCUUCACAAGAUAUUUGUGGAGAAAAAAUAUCCAAUGAACAGAAAAUAGUAAGAUUCAAAAGGAAUGAUUCCUGGUUCUCCAGUUUACAUGAAAACCAGGAGUCCUGUGGUAUUGAUUAUCAGAACAAAAGCCAUGAGAGACAUUUGAGAAAUCAUAUGGUAGAGAACAUCUAUGAAUGUUAUGAAGAAAAUCAAGAUGGACAGACUUUCAGCCAAGUUCCAAAUCUUGAUUCACUCAAGAGAAAUACUGAAGUAAAAUCCUGUGAAUGCCAUGAGUGUGGAAAGGCCUUCGUGGAUCAUUCAUCCCUUAAGAGUCACAUCAGGUCUCAUACUGGAAGCAAACCCUAUCAGUGCAAGGAAUGUGGGAAGGCCUUCCAUUUUCUUGCUUGUUUCAAGAAGCAUAUGAAAACCCCCACUGAAGAGAAGCCCUAUGAAUGUAAGGAAUGUACCAAAGCCUUCAGCUGUUCCUCAUUCUUUAGGGCACAUAUGAAGAUUCACAUCGGAAAGACAAACUAUGAAUGUAAAGAAUGUGGGAAAGGUUUUAGUUGUUCCUCAUCGCUCACAGAACACAAAAGAAUUCAUAGUGGAGAUAAGCCUUAUGAAUGUAAGGAAUGUGGGAAGGCCUUCAGUUGUUCCUCCUCACUCUCCAAACACAAAAGAAUUCACAGUGGAGAUAAGCCAUAUGAAUGUAAGGAAUGUGGGAAGGCCUUUAGCUCUUCCUCUCACCUUAUAAUACAUAUAAGAAUUCACACUGGAGAGAAGCCUUAUGAAUGUAAAGAGUGUGGGAAGGCCUUCAGCGAGUCCUCAAAACUCACUGUACAUGUGAGGACACAUACUGGAGAGAAACCCUAUAAAUGUAAGGAAUGUGGGAAAGCCUACAAUUGUCCCUCCUCCUUAAGUAUCCAUAUGAGAAAACACACUGGAGAAAAACCGUAUGAAUGUCUGGAAUGUGGAAAGGCCUUCUACCUUCCCACUUCCCUUAAUACACAUGUGAAAAAUCAAAGUCGAGAGAAACCCUAUGAAUGUAAGGAAUGUGGGAAGGCCUUUAGUUGUCCCUCGUCCUUUAGAGCACAUGUGAGAGAUCACACUGGAAAGAUACAGUAUGAAUGUAAGGAGUGUGGGAAGACCUUUAGUCGUUCCUCAUCCCUCACCGAACACCUAAGAACUCACAGCGGAGAGAAGCCGUAUGAAUGUAAAGAAUGUGGGAAAGCCUUUAUUAGUUCCUCCCACCUUACAGUACAUAUCAGAACUCACACUGGAGAGAAACCCUAUGAAUGUAAGAAAUGUGGGAAAGCCUUUAUUUAUCCCUCAGCCCUUAGGAUCCACAUGAGAACGCACACUGGGGAAAAACCCUAUGAAUGUAAGGAAUGUGGGAAAGCAUUUCGUCAUUCUUCAUACCUUACUGUACAUGCAAGAAUGCACACUGGAGAGAAACCCUUUGAAUGUCUGGAAUGUGGAAAAGCUUUCAGUUGUCCCUCAUCCUUUCGAAGGCAUGUGAGAAGCCACACUGGAGAGAAACCCUAUGAAUGUAAGGAAUGUGGGAAAGCCUUUGUUUGUCCUGCCUACUUUCGAAGGCAUGUGAAAACUCACACUAGAGAAAACAUAUAAAUGUAAGGAAUAUGGGAAUGUCUGCAAAGCUUCAGAUCCUAGGCAACAUGUGAGAUCUCAUACUGUGGAGACACCCUAUGAAUGUAAGAAAGUAGGAAAUUGUUGCUCAUCGUUUUGAAGAUUUGAGGACACUUUAGAGAAACCCUGUGUAUGUAAAUCAUGUGCUAAAGCCUUUAUGAACAUUGCUUAUUAUGUAUAAGAAAAUCUCUACUAGAAAUGAAGAUCAGUGCCUCAUCCUUAAAGUAGAAUGCUGGCUCGUUGAUUACCAGUGUUUUCUGAUAGGAACAUUGAAGGUGAUAAAUUUACCUUUCAGCUCUAGCCACAUACUUUUUAGUAUGAGGUGCUUUAAUUUUGGUUCUGAUGUAAAUAUGAUUUCCAUUACAAAAUCUUUUGGAUCAUGGAGGACACGAAAUAUUUUUUCUGUAUAGGCAGGAGUGGUCUUUUUUAAAAAAGUGGUUUCUAAUUAAUGUUCAUUGUUCUUUAAAUGGGUAGUCGUUAUAAUAUUGACAAACCAAUAUAAUACUGACAAACCAAAAACCAAAUAUUGCUUUUUGUUGAUGUUUUGUUUUUAGUCUACAUGGCAGAUAAUGGAACUUGCCCACUCAAUAUUUUUCUUCCUAUUCUUUUUUGCUAAGAGACAUUAGAGUUUCUGAGAUGAUAAAUUUUUACUAUUAAAAGCUUUUAUUGUCUAGUGAGUAAUUUCAGCAGAAAUUAAUUUAAUAUACUAUUUUUAUAUUUUAUUCUUUGUCCUUGCUCGUGGCUGGGAAUUGGAUCCAGUGUUUUGAGUGUAAAAAUUGUGUUACAUUAACUACAUUUCCCAGAAUCACUUUUUUCUCCAGUUCUAGGUUAGACUUGUCUAAAAUAAGAGUUUGUAUGAGAUUUGGAAGGCAUAAGGGAAGAAAAAGCUGUUAUGCUAUGUUUAGUGGGGCCAUCAGACAGAGACAGAUGUAUAAAGGCCUGGUGACCUCUAGUUUUCAGCUCAUUUUUCUGACCGUUGGACUCAUUGAUCAAUAUUUGCUCAAAACUGAAUGUUAUAGCUGGACGUGAUGGUGCAUACCUGUGGUCCCAGCUACUCAGGGGGCCUGAGGUUGGAGGAUCACUUGAGCCCAGGAGUUUGAGGCUGCAGUGAACUAUGAUCAUGCCACUGCACUCCAGCCUGAGUGAUAGAGUGAGACCCUUUCUCAAAAACAAAACAAAACAAAAUAAAAAACCAAACAUUAAAUGCUUGCUUGACUUCAGUGUCUUCCAAGGCAGCAUCUCUAAAGCAAUCACCAGAUACAGCUUCUUGGAUUUUCUAGCAAGCUCUGGCAUUGCCAUUUUGCUUAUGGUGCAGUCUUUCUUACACAGUCCAAUCGCAUCAUGUCGUGCUAUUCAUGGGGAAAAAUAUGUUUGCAAGUCUCAAAAGCAAGAGCUGUGGAGAGUGAGGGAAGUUACCCUUGGUAAUUGAGGUAAGCAUCCACAGGGUGUCAUCCUGUUUUAAUGGAGGAAGAUUUAUACUUGACACCUUUAAACAGGAAAGAUUUUACUGCUUUUUUUUUUUUUUAAAUGUAAGAAGAUGAAUUGCUUCAGGUACCUUUAGCUACAGUAUUAUAUUUUCCCUUUAAAAGUAUAAUCUACUACUGUGAUAUUUCCCUCCUAUUAUAUUUUCUCUUUAAAAGUAUAACUCUACUAUUUCCCCAUAAUCACUUUUUAUUUUAUUAUAUUAUACAUAUACUAACAUGCAUGAAGUGUGCUAAUCUUCAAUGUACAGCUUAAUGACAUUGCAUGUAUGUAUAUGUCCUGGUAAACAGAACAUUUCCAAGACUUCAGGAAGUUCUUUCAUCCUCUUUCUCAGUGAUAAUUACUCCACAGGGCAACCACAAUUUUGACUCUUACUAUAAUUGACUUGGUGUGCUUUUCUUGAUUUUCAUCUAAAUGUUAAAAUACAAUAUAUACAGUUAUGUGUUUUGACUUCUUUUGCUCAACAUAAUGUGUGGUUUGACUUUUAAUUGUUCUUUUGAUAGAUGUAUGGGCUUAUUUAUCUUGGUAUGUGCUAUAUGCUCAGGAAUGAAUUUACUGAAUCAUAGGGUAGACUUUAAGUUUAGUUUUGGUAGGUAUUGCAGUUUUCAAGAAAUAUUGAUUCCACUAAUAAUCCCCAAAACAAUGCAUGAAAGUUCCAGUUGUUUCACACACCUGUCCAGCUCUUUCUGAUUAUAGUCAUCCAGCAGACAGUGUGCAUUUACCUGAUGUGUAAUGAUUUUGAGUACUUUUCGAUGUGCUUAUUGGCUAUUUGGAUUUUUUUUUUUUGUGGGGACACCUGUUGAAACAUUUCAUCCAUUUAUGAUUUCUUUUCUUUUUUUUUUUUUUUUGAGACGGACUCCUGUGCCCAGGUUGGAGUGCAGUGGCGUGAUCUUGCUCACUGCAAUCUCCGCUUCCUGGGUUCAAGUGAUUCUCCUGUCUCAGCCUCCUGAGUAGCUGGGAUUACAGGUGUGUGCCACCACACCUGGCUAAUUUUUGUAUUUUUUAGUAGAGACGGGGUUUCACCAUGUUGGCCAGGUUGGUCUUGAACUCCUGACCUCAGGUGAUCUGCCCACCUCGGCCUCCCAAAGUGCUGGGAUUAUAGGCAUGAGCCACCGCACCCAGACUUAUGGUUCCUUUUUUAAAAAAAAAAAAAAUUGAAAGGUUUCCUUCUGGUUACUUGUCCUUUAUUGUAUGUAUGUAUAUCUAUAUCUAGGUACACAUGCAUAGAUAUGUAUAAACCAUGUAUCAUAUAUUACAUAUAUACAUAAAAUAUGUAUAUUAUAUAUACAUACAUUACAGAUAACAUUUCCCAAUCUCUGUCUUGUCUUUUCACUCUUUAAAGGGAAUUUGUUGGUUUAAAUAAUUUAUUACUAAAAAGUCCUUGGGUAUAACGAGCUUCAGACAUGGCUAAAUCCUGGGGCUAAAAAAAUGUUAUCUAGUUGAAUUCUGUCUCCCUGUCUUGGCUGUGCAUCCUCCUGCAUUAGCGUUUCUUCCAAGCAGGUUGUCUCUUCAUAGAUGGCCCCAGAAACUCUGGCUACUUUCUUCCCAACUUAAAGUCUCAGGGAGAAAAGAGUGAUUGUCUUUUUGAGUGGUUCCAAGAUGAUGAUCAGAAUUGAAUCUCGUUGGCUCUGAUUGGCUCACUUGCCCACUGUACUCUAGUCACUGGCCUGGGGAAUGUAAUACUCUCAUUUGUUUAGGGUUAGUGCCUGUUCUUAUCCAGAAACUGGAUUAGAGUCUGCACUGACUGAAUCAUAGAGUCCUGGCAGUUUUGGGGCAUAUGCAGAGGGGAGGAGGAAGGAGUGGGCAGGUAGGAUCUAAAAGCAGUGGUAAUAUUGUUAGCUGUUAUGCUGGUCUUAGCAGCAAGUGGGAACUGUGAAGUCUGGGAACUCAGCCAGGGUUAGGUAGUUCCUAGAUAGCAUUUUAGAAAGGUCAGGUGUCAUCCAUUAACAUGUGUUUAGAUGGCUAAAGAUUGCUGCUUGGCCAGGCACAGUGGCUCAUGCCUAUAAUCCCAGCACUUUGGGAGGCCGAGGUGGGCGGAUCACCUGAGGUCAGGAGUUUAAGCCCAGCCUGGCCAACAUGGUGAAACCCUGUCUGUACUAAAAAAAUUAGCCAGGCGUGGUGGCCUGUGCCUAUAAUCUCAGCUACUCAGGAGGCUGGGGCAGGAGAAUCACUUGAACCCGGGAGAUGGAGUUGCAGGUAGCCAAGAUUGUGCCAGUGCACUCCAGCCUGGGCAACAGAGUGAGACUCCGUGUCAAAAAAAAAAAAAAAAAAAGAUUGCUGCUUAAUCUUUAAUGAGCAUAAAGAUCAACUUGAGAUCUGACACCUGUUUAAGAAUUAUUUGCCUGGACCAAGAUAAUGAAUCUACUCUCCUAUGUUUCCUUCUAGAUUCUUUAUUGUUUUUUUAUGUAGGUCUGUGAUCUACUUUGAAUAAUUUUUUGUAGCGCGUGAGGUAGGAUCAAGGUGUGUGUAUAUAGAUUUAUCAAAGAGACCAUGGUUUCCUCUUUGCUGAGGUGAUCUCUGCCUCUUGGUUCAUUUGUCUUUUCUUGCAUCAAUACCAUACUAUCUUAAUUUAUGUUGCUUUGUAAUAUUUUUGGAAAUCUGGUAGUGAAAGCCUUCCGACUUUUUUAUUCUUUAAGAUUGUCUUGCCUUCUCUGUUCCCCAUGUUUCCUAAAUUAAUUUUGGAAUCUCAGGAUUAAUUUUCACAAAUGAAUUUUUGGUACUAUGCCUGUAAUUGCAUUGGUUUUAUAAAAUAACCUGAGGAUAAUUGACAUCUUUACAAUAUCGAGUUUUCCAGUUGAUGAAUAUGGUAUAAUUGUCCAUUUACCUAGGUUGUCUUUAAC